AUGAGUAAUGAAACCAAAACUGAAUCGACCGCAACCUCGCCUACGACAACUCUACCGACAAAGGUAUCCAUCGCCGAUAAAGGAACACACCCUUCGAGUGCAUCAGAAGCUGUAUCUGCGAAGGAACCUCCCACCAGCAAUAUACCAUCGAACCUAUCAUCAACAGCUGCCAUACAGGGUGACCUCGCACCAGUCAAACGCAAUGGUGGUAACUCAAAAUUGCUGUCAUCAAAGGCUUCCUUAGCGACAGUGCCCACCACUCACGCACCGACAACAAAGGCGACAUCUGCAGAUCUCAUCGACGGAACAUUGAGCGACUUUGAUGGAUCCGAUCUUUCUGAUCUCAGCAGUGCAUCCAGUGCGAGCGGGAGUGACCAAGAAUCAGGACAGUCUGGCGAGGAGGACAUGAAUGCGGGCGAUCAUAGUGAUGAGAGCAAGCACGGCGACGAGGAUGGAGAUGAGCCCAUGGGAGAAUCAUCUGCUUCCGACGACUCGGACUUGCGCUCAAAUCCUAGGCUUACAAAGAGAUCAAAGUCAAAGAAUACACCCCGUUCAAAGCAUAGUCGCAGGAUACCGUCUGAUAGUUCUGAGGGCGAGCAGGAAUUACCAGUCAUCAAAAGGAAACCAGGUCGACCGCCGAAGUUGAAGAAUCAGCUUGCUCGAUCAAGGACAACACAAUCCCCAAUGUCGCCAACAACUCCAACAUCGCUGGCCUCGCCUACAUUCAGUAAUCCCCCGAAAAAGGCCAAUCAUGGUUCAACGGAAGUGGCAAAUCCAGAGCAUCCCACGAAGAAUGAGUCGCAGCCAAGGAAAAAGACAAAACAAGCCGAUUUCGCAAAUGUUGGAAAGCGGGAUCGUUCAGGUCGGACGCAAUUGUUCAAGUAUACAGCGAUGGGUGAUCUGGAGACGUGUCGAAAGCUUAUCGAGGCUGGCGCACAAGUCAACGAUCGUGAUCACGCAGAGUGGACACCCCUUCACGAAGCAUGCGUCACAGGACAUGAGAAGGUGGCAGAGCUGCUGAUUCAGCACAAUGCAGACGUCAACGCUCGAGGAGGCCAUAUGGAUACCCCAUUGCACGAUGCCGCUCAGAACGGACAUGUCGAGGUCGUGAAGCUCCUUUUAUCUUAUGGAGCGAAUGUGUUGGCCAAGAAUGCAAAGGGGAUUAUUCCCAUUGAUGUGACGGACGACAAAGAGGUCAUUGAUCUCCUUCAGCGCCGCCAAGCACUCGUAAACAUGCUGACUGGGAGGAAUCAAGCUGGACAGACGCUGCUGCACCGUGUUUGCAGUUCUGGGACGUACAACAAUGUAUUGGAGCUGCUCAACCAGGGUGCCGACAUCAAUGCUCAGGACAAUGCUCAAUGGACUCCGUUGCAUGAGGCAGCUCUUGAAGGACACACCAAAGUCGUGGAGUUGUUGUUAUCAAGAGGAGCGAACCCGAAUGUCAAGGGCCAUGGCAGCGAUACGGCCCUGCAUGAUUCGGCACAGAAUGAGCACGCAGACGUCGUUCGACUUCUGCUGGAAUAUGGCGCGGACCCUGACUUCAAGAACUCGAAAGGAGAAAAGCCCUGCGAUGUCACAGACGAUGAUGCGAUUUUAGAGCUGCUGAGAACUGGCGCCAGAGGAACAAAGAAGCCAAUCCCGCGCUCAGCGGGAUCGUUGACUUCUUCCAGCUCAUCGCUGUCUUCUCUCACUUCGCAGUCCUCGAAAUUUUCAACGCCUUCCAAUCAAUCCUCGCAUUUUGUCGGUAACAAGGUGAAAGGCAAGGAUAGACGCAAUACAGAUGGUGGCGCCGACGUGCACAUGAGCGAUGAAGGCCGGAGUGCAGGCGAGGAGCGGCCGGCCCAGAUGUCAAGAGAUGAGCGUAAAAUGCAACAACUUCUUUCGACGAUACGAAUGCAGGAGCAGAUGGAAGAGCGUAAAAAGGCAAAGAAGGGGCGACCAAAGCAUGUGUCUGAAGAUGAAGGUGAUGAUGACGGCCGAGAUUCGAAGCCCUCACGUUCAACAAACAAUUCUUCGUCUUCUUCAAUGUGGAAGCACUCAAAGGCCUCACAUUCAUCCAGCAGAUCGAUUACCAAGAUCAGCAAAAGCGGCCCCAAGGGACGAUCUUCUCGAUCAGAGGAAAGGGAUGAUGAGUCUGAUUCGGAGCCGAACGAGGCGCCUAGGAUGUCUCGCAGGUCUGUCCAGCGAUCUACCGGCGACCGUUUCCGCAUCGACCCUCGGUACAAGGACUCUGCAGGACGUACACAACUUCAUCAAUGGGCUGCAUCAGGCGAUAUCGAGAUGGUUGGGACAGUUUUGGAGGGUGGUGCAGAAAGAGAUCCCAGGGACCACGAAGGCUUAACCCCGCUGCAUGUGGCUGCCAAGGCCGGAAAUACGGAUGUUUUGGUGCUGCUGCUGGCAUAUGGAUGUAAUGUCAAUGCUCAGGAUCAUGACAAGGCGACGGCACUGCACGAGGCUGUGCGACACCACCAUACUGAGGCCGUGCGCCUUUUGCUACAGAACAAUGCUCUCGUUAGUCUGCGUGACUCAAAGAAAAGAACCUGCCUGGAACUGGCCUCGCACAAGGACACCGAGAUUCGCUCGUUAGUGAAGACUGCAAUGGAGCAAGUGGAGCUGAAGGCAAAGGAGCGGAGCAAGAAGCGGCUAUCUCAGUCAAUCGAAUCACAUGGAUCUCCAAAGCACAAGGAGCGGAAGACAAGUCGCCACAGCGACAGCGACGAGCCCAUCAAAUUCAAGAAGAAGGAUUCUGAUAAGAGGGAUGCGGAUGACAAGAAUAAGCACUCAAGGAAUGGCUCGAGUUCAGGAACGCUGUUGAAAUCAAUAUCUAUGCCCUCAAUCGCGGUCUUUCAAUCUUCGCCUACAUCUUCGAGUGCCCCCGCAUCGAUGACGACUGCUAUGUCUGGGUCCAAGAGUUGGAAAUACAGUACCGAGACGAACGACACCGACUUGAAAACGCCACUCAAGAAGCAGAAGCUGCAUUCGCGUCGAAUGUCCUCGUCAGGUGCGAAUUCGAGCAUCCAGGAAGGAGAUGAGGAUGUCGAAAUGAAAUCCUCUGGAUCCAGCAAGAAGCGGCGGGAAUCUGACCGGCAUGAAGAUGGAUAUGGUGGCAAGGUCAAGAUCAAGAAGGAGCGCGAGGACGACGGUCAUCACUUCCGGUCCCCGAGCCUGUCGACCAAGUCGGAGGAACUGCGUCGCGUAGCUUCCUUGCCAUCGUUUUCCAAGGAUGGCAGCAACAAUGGAAAUGGAUCCGGUAACGGCAACAAGUCAAGCCGUCAUGCGUCGAAGCUUUCUUUAUCGUCUAGGCCGUCAUCAUCACUAGGAAUGGCUGUCGGAUCGUCCAUUGCAACAAUAUCCCCACCCUUGACUGAGACAUCAUCUUCACCACCGCCAAUCUCUGCACAAACACCGGUAGCACAGGACCAGGAAGCCCAGAAGAGCAGGAAACGCAGCAGUCAGACGUUUGCCUCGCCAAGCGGAUAUCAAAAAUUCGCGGAUGAUCUCAAACUAGGCAGUUCCACUUCGCAACACCAUCGUCAACGAAGUACGAAUUUGAUCCCUUCUGCCCGAUCUACAACCACCUCGGUCUCUACGGAGCCUCCAUCUGCGGCAGCGGAAAUAGAUGCAGCUAGGAAAAAGGCCAAGACGAGCACAGCCGAAUCGAAUAAUGAGCAAGUCAAUGGCAAACCUUCCGCCAAAGAGAUUGCGUCUGUUAAUGGUGACCAUCCCAUCUCGUCUAUCGUGCCAAAGGCUGAGGAGGGUGAGAAGGUCUCUUCUGUUGGCACAGAGACAGCGAAGAAAGUGGGCGUCGUAGAGAGUCUUGCGCCUGCUCAGCGCUCAGUGCAAGAUGCUCAGCGCUAUUUACCAUUGUACACCGUCCAACUAUCGGCCGAUAGUACAUCAGCAGAUUUAACAUCAACAGAUCCAUUUAUGGCAUUAUCCGAAUCACCAACGUCCGCAGCGUCCCAGCACUUUUGUGUAGUGGAUCAACAGGUUCAGCUGCUGCUGGGCUUAGCCCCAGGGGCAUUGUUCGAGCGAUAUCCUCAUCUCCACCGGCGUCUCAUUAACAAGCGUGAAAAGGCACGGCUCUGGUCUCCACUCUCAUCCAUGGUCUCGGAUCGAUGUGCAGCUGCGGUGAAGAUGAACUUUGAGGUGCUCCCUGUGGAAUGUCAGUUUUCGUCAUGGACGAAUGCGACGAACGCGAUGAGCCGACUGAAGGAGCAUGAGAAGCAAAAGUUCUUGAGCUGUGAGCUGUACUUUAUUCGGCUGGAGGAGGUCAUUGAGCUGAUCAAGCAGGAUUAUGCGCAGCUGAACGAGAGUAUGAUGACGAUUAUGUUGGAUAUCGGUUACGAUGAGCUUGAGAUGGAGGUCGAAAAGGACGUACCAUCCGUUAUCAAGACCGAGCAGACGGAAGAGAGACUGAAGGAGGUCAAGGAAGAGGAGGGCGCAGAAGGAUUGAUCGGUCGUGGCGGUCAUUCGCGGCGACCCAUGUCCGAGGGUUCGUCCGUUCCUGGGUCAACUUUGUCUUCGUCCGGCGUAGUUGGUAAAGCAUGCACUGGUCGUGAAUCGAGCGACGCGCCUGUAUCCGCCCCAGCCUCUCUCUCAGCAACCUCGGCAGGAUAUAUUCACAAGAUGAGGCGAGUCCCAGCAAAGAUGGCAACGAAAGCCAUGUUCAAGGGGCUGCAGCAACAGUACCGCCCAUCAUCCUGA